AUGAAAAUAUUCAGAGAUGUUGUGGCUUUGGGAGAGUAUGCGUACGCACCAUCAGCUCACAGCCUCAGCCAGCCCAGUGUAGGGUUCACAAAUGACUUCGCUGCUUGCAACAUAAACACCCCCGCAAGUACUGGACCAAGUGGCUCAGGAAGCUAUGGAAAGAGAAAGAGGGGUGAGACAUCAGAUGCAAAGAAGAAGAAGAAAGUUGCUGCAUCUACAUUAAUUUCUGAUAGCCUGAGUGUCAUAGCAGCUGCUUCUGACAAGCGAGCAGCAGCAUUGGUUGAAGAUCCCCAAGUAGUUGAUAAGGUUUUGGCACACCUGACUACCGUUGAGGAGCUUAAUGAUGACAAUCAACUAUAUUAUGCAUGUGCCAAGAUGCUUACGCGGUUGAGAUGGGCUAGGCGAGCCUAUUUGGGGUUUAUGCAUGAUAGAAGCAAGUUGUUGAGGUGGUUGAUACCGGCAGCACAAGACCCAGACACAUGGAAGUGA